CGGGAAGCAGGCACCCAGGCGCGGGGCUGCGGCGGCGGGAGACGCGGGGGUCGCGGGCCGGAGCGGCCGGGACCGGACUCGAGAGGCGGGCCACCUGGAAAACCUCAGAGGACAGCUCCAGCCUCAUUCCAAGUGUGUCCCCUUCGGAAGGUGCUGGCCCAGCCAGACUCCAGUGUAAAGCCUCAGAAAAGCAGGUCUGCCCCAAAGAGACAAGUGGAUGUUUUGUGCCUGGAAUUGGGUAAUGUCUGUUUCCAGGAUUAGAGUGAGCCCCGUGCCCUCUCUGGUCCCCCGGGAGCCCCCCACCCCAACUCCAGGCCUGGGCUGAAUGCACUGUGCUCCUCAGGCUUAGGAAGGAGGGAGGAACUUCCAGUUUCCAAGGAGGCUAAGGACCAGGGAGAUGGGGAAAGGAUCAGGUGAUGGUGGGUGGGCUGGGGCCCCUAAGAGGGCAAGUGGUUGGCCUCUGCACCCCCACCGCUGGGACACUGGGGACGCUGAAAGCUGCAGCUUUGGGUGUGGAGGGAGGGACUGCAGCAGCCCUGGACACAGCUGUGUGCGCGUGUGAGUGUGAGAUGCCCGCACGGCUCCUCCCCAUCUCACACUUGGUGCCUGAGAGGCUGUGUCCCCCCCCCCCCCCGCCCCAGCAGGAUGGGAAACGUGCCCUUCCCCUCUCCUCCCCACAGCUCUCCUUUCUCUCUUUUGCUUUGUCUUUCUUGCCCUUCUCUGUUCCUGCCUCUGUCCCUGGCCACCCCUCCAUCGUCCGUACCUUCCCUCUCCUUUUCUCCGUGUUUUGUGGUCUUUGCCUCCUCCCUCCCCACUGCCCGCCAUCCUGGCCGAUCCUGGCCCCAGGAUGUGACUGUGAAGUUGAAAGGCGGCUUCACUGGAAGCCCCCCUCCCCACCUCCUUACCUGGAAGCAAUGUCAUGUGGCUUUAGUGCCGGUUGCACAUGCAACUUUGCUUUAUUUAAACAUAAAAGAUACAGUAGGUAAAGGAUAUGACAUGAAAAUGAUCCGGGUGCAAUAGCCCAGAAAAGCAGGAGGGCAGCCAGGAUAGGAGGGGGCGCCAGGAAUUCUCAAGAGGAUGGUGCAGGUGCAGCGUUUUUUUUCUGGCUCCUGGCUGCUCACUGAAAGUGGAUCGGUGCAGGCACCUCCACCCUGGCCUGAGCCUGGGGUUAAAGGUCAUGGGCAGGCAGAGACAGGGUCCCUUCCCGGGCUCUUGGUGCUAACAGAGUCAGUUCCAAAGCACCCCAGCCCUCCUCCUUGAGUGGGAGCACACCCGGGACCCGUCGUUGCUGCCCAGGGCUCUGUUGGAUACCUGCUGUCUGUGGGCGCCUGUCGGUGUGGCCAAGGACAAGGAGGGGAGCAGAAGUGGUCAGACCCCGCUGUCCUCCCAAGCUCCCUCCUGAGCAGCAGGCUUUGUUGAGCUUUGGAUCCAAGCCUGGCUGGCGUCGGGCUGGGCGCUGCCUCCUCCAUUCUGUCCCCAUCUACUCCUCACAUGAUCCCAGGUUUGCAGAUGAGGAAGGGGAGGCUCAGAGGGUUGAGGCAGCUGGCCCAAAGUCACACAGGAUUUGGACCCAGGACUCUCUGAUCCCAAGUCAGUGAUGACAAGCAGGCUGGUGAGAGAAGCCAGCCAGGGUGGGACACAGGUGGCUUUCUCACUGCUCCCAGGAGAGACCGAGGGAGCGGAGUCCUGGGGGACCUCGCCAGAGGCAUUUAGCCAUUCUUUCUUGGAAUCAUGGGGCCAUGAUAUGUUAAUUCCACAUUAAUUGAACACCAGCUGUGUCCUGGGCUCUCAUGGGAAAUAGUGUGUUCCCUGCCCUUGAGGACAGUCACCUAAGGGGGGUCCACUCCUCUCUUCCACGACUGGAUGUGGGAGAGGGGUCCCAGGAAAGACCAGAACCUGGCUGGGCUGGACGGUGGGGGGUGGUCCUCAGCCCCCAGGGCAGUUGUCCUCCUUCCUCACAUCCUGUCUGCAUCAGUGCACUGUCUGACUGAGUUCUGGUUUUCAUGAUCUGCAAGGGGUUGGCGGGUUCAGGAAGGGGCUGGGGUCUGUUUGGGCUGAGUGAGGCAGGGUCCCAUGCAGCAGGUCCCUGGCCUCAUCAGCUCUGGCCAUCCAGCUUGCAGCCACCUUCAUGAACUACAGAGCUCCUGCCCUAGAACCUGCUAUAGCUCCCCACUACCCACAGGGUGGGGUCUGAAUUCCUGAGCCUGGCGUCUAAGGCUGAUCCCAAACUGGAUCCAGCCUGCCGUCCUGGUAAGGGCUGAGGUCGGCCUGCGGGCCCCCACUGCCUGCCUUCCUUUGUGUCUUUGUAGUCUCUGUUUCUGCUGCUGUCACUGCCCUUCUCUUUGAUGGCGCCCUCUCAGGUGGCCCUCCCUUCCCUCUGGCACUUUGCGCAAUCUGGUUACAGGUCCAUCCCCUGACUUCCAGCCCCUGGGGCAGGCCCCAGCCCAGAACACCAGGAUCCUCAGUGCUUGCUGAGUGAAUGAGUGACCCUGGGCAUGUACCGCCACACCCUUCAGAUCUUGACCCAGACCUCCCCUCCUCAGUGAGGGCUUCCCAGCAACAGUCAGCCCUUAAGCUGACGUUUCCCAUUCUCCUCCCUGCUCCAUCCCCAUCUCACGUAUGAUCUAUCUUACUAUUUAGUUCAAUGUCUUUCUCCCCAGCAACAAUGUAAGUAAGCUCCCUGAGGGCAGUCAGAGACGUCAUCAUUUUCUUCCGGGCUGGCUCCCCAGGGCCCAGGACAUUGCGCAGCCGUGCUGCACACAUAGCAGCUGCUCAGGAAGCCAGUGAAUGAAUGGCCUGUGGGGGGCACUCUGUGGCUUGCCUGCCUCUAAAGCAGCCCUUCCCCCCCUGCCCUUUGCAGCCUCCCCUCCCGUGGAGCUGGAAGCCAGGCACCCUGGGGGCCAUGCAGAAGGCGGGGGCUGGGGGCCGCAGGGCCUCUGACUGCGGGCUGGCCCCUCACCGGCCCAGGUGCAUCACCAAGUUUGCCCAGUACGUGGGCUCCUUCCCUGUGGAUGACCUGGACACCCAGGAGAGCGUGUGGCUGGUGCAGCAGCAGCUGUGGGCGCUGAAGGAUUGUCCCCGACGCCGGGCCGUCAUCCUGAAAUUCAGCCUUCAGGGUCUCAAGAUCUACAGCGGGGAGGGUGAGGUGCUGCUGAUGGCUCACGCCCUGAGGCGCAUACUCUACUCCACCUGGUGCCCUGCCGACUGCCAGUUUGCCUUCAUGGCUCGAAACCCACGGAGCCCAGCCAGCAAGCUCUUCUGCCACCUCUUUGUGGGCAGCCAGCCAGGAGAGGUCCAGAUCCUGCACCUGCUGCUGUGCCGCUCUUUCCAGCUGGCUUACCUCUUGCAGCACCCUGAGAAGCGGGCACAGCCAGAGCCCUGCCCAGGGCCCACAGGGGAGGUGCCCCUGAAGCCACUGUCCAGCUCUGGGGGCCUGGUGCGGGAGCCCUUCGGCCGUGAUCAACUCUCUCAGAACGUCCAUGCCCUGGUCUCCUUUCGGCGGCUGCCAGCAGAGGGGCUGGUGGGCAGUGGGAAGGAGCUGCCAGAGUCGGAAGGCCGUGCCCGCCAUGCCCGCCUGGGGAAUCCCUACUGCUCGCCCACGCUGGUGCGCAAGAAGGCCAUUCGCAGCAAGGUGAUCCGCUCGGGGGCCUACCGCGGCUGCACCUAUGAGACCCAGCUGCAGCUGUCGGCUCGGGAGGCCUUUCCUGCCGCAUGGGAGGCAUGGCCCCGGGGUCCUGGUGGCCACUCGUGCCUGGUGGAGAGCGAGGGCAGCCUGACGGAGAACAUCUGGGCCUUCGCUGGCAUCUCCAGGCCCUGUGCCCUGGCCCUGUUGCGGAGAGACGUGCUGGGGGCCUUCCUGCUGUGGCCUGAGCUGGGUGCUAGCGGCCAGUGGUGUCUGUCCGUGCGCACGCAGUGCGGCGUGGUGCCCCACCAGGUCUUCCGGAACCACCUGGGCCGCUACUGCUUGGAGCACCUGCCAGCAGAGUUCCCCAGCCUGGAGGCUCUGGUGGAGAACCACGCGGUUACUGAACGUAGCCUCUUCUGUCCCCUCGACAUGGGCCGCCUGAACCCCACCUACGAGGAGCAGGACUGUCGGCCCCCAGGCAGGCCGCCCCGGACUCUCCGGCCCCUCAGCCAUGCCAAGUCCGAGGCAGAGCUGCAGGGCCUGGGCUAAGAGGUAGGGCCCGGGUCCCACAGGCCCCGCCUCACCCCGGAUCCUGGGCCCCAGCAGCAUCUCUGCCCGUCCUGCACCCCUCUGGUUGCCAGUUCCAUCCAGUCACCCUGCCCUUGGAGCAGUCUUCCAUCGCGUCACUGUCCGUGGGAGGGGAGCCCUGAGGGUGGGUAUCGCCAAUGGCUUCUUGGAGAACAUGUGGCCCGCUGAGAUUCCAGGAGGGCAGGUGGAGUUGCAGGCUUCGGAUAACCCUUUGGGUGGCUUCGGAUGACCUGCUGUGUGGGUUCGGAUGCUCUGGGACUUCUGGGCUUCUGCUUUACUCCUGGGGCAGGAGCUUGUUCACGGCAAAGCUGCAGCCCUCUCCUAAGGAGGCUAGGCCUUGGGGCGCUGACUGGGAGUCUCCAGAAAGAGGGUUUUGGGGAGGCAGGAGUGAGCUCUUACUCUGGGCAAAGACCUGGAGUGAGCCACCCUGUCUAUGAGAGCAGAGAUGACUCCAUGGAGCUUGUGGGCAGGAGGCUGGGGAUGAGCCCCAUCUAGGCUGACAGAGCAGGGCUGUUUCUCACAUGUAUCUGAGAGUGAAGGAGGGGUGGGAAGGUGCAGAGAGGGCAGGAGGGACAGAGGGCUGUGCCUAACGCUCACGCAUGGUGGACUCCUGUGUGCAGAAAGGGAUGCGCACCAGCAGACAGGGCCAAGAAUCUCCAUGCUGUCUCCACUCAAAACCUCAGGGCCGUGACUCCCACUUUCUCAGAAGGGAUGCGCAGGCUCACCCCUUCCCCCUGGGAAUCACCAGGGCACCCCCACCCCCAGCUCAUCUCCUUUAGCCAUUUGACAGGGAGGGGCCAGCAGUGAGCUGCAGGCUUAGAGGGGUGACCAGGGCCCUUCCUAACUCGACCGCAUGUGGUUUGGUGGCUGCCUUGGGAGGGAGGCUGUCCGAUGCUGACAUUCCCCUUAGCAUGGCCCUGACCGUGGCUGUCAGGGGCCACCUUGCCUCACCAGGCCAGCCCCACUGGGAAUGGGGUCAGUCACAGCAGAACCGUCAAAAGGUGGACCUGAUGUGGGCCCUGCCGGGGGCGCUUGGCCUCAGCGGGCCAUGGGAGACCCAGGGAAACGACUCUAGUGUGAGGCAGUGGUCCUGCCAGUGACUGACAAACCCAGGUAUCCCUCUUUGUAAGCAAACUUGACAAAUAAUGAAUCUACUGAACUCAGUUCUAGAACAAGUUCAUUUUGCAUGAACUUCUCUUAUUGAAGCAGAAGCCACGUCAUGAGCCUGGGGGCUGCCCUCUCCCCGUCUGGGAGUGGGACAGAACUGUUCAGUGCCUUGAAAGUCACAGAUUUCUGACUCCUGGAAGGAACUGGGCAGUCCCACCAGAGCAGAAAGAAAGGAGGCAAACUUGGGGAGUGAGAAGCCAGCCUCCCAGAGGCCCAGGCCUCGUGUUCCCCACCUCCAACCCUCCCGUGAGGAGAGGGGCUUGGCCUGGGACCUUGUAACUUCCUUGCAAGUUAAGUGAGCUAUCCUGUCACAGAAGAUAGAAGGAACUGCCCUUUGGGACUUCUUUUCACUGGAAACCCAGCACUGGUUUUAUGUUGAGUGAGUGGGAAGCUGGGGCUCUGUUUUACAGCCAUCUGUACUGGAGCCUGGACAAACCACUGGUCUCUAUGGGAGGCCCCAGCCUCACAUUUCCCUGGCAAGGAGAGAGAGGUUUAGCCAUGUCCUGGGCCUAGGAUUACAGCCCAGAGAUGGGCACUUAAGAAGACCUGGUCAUUGGUCCAGACUUGGGCCAAGGCUCUCCUCUGUGAGGGAUGAGUUUUACUGGUGAAUUACCUGUGUGGAGAAGCUAUCAGGGCCAUGUUUAGCACACUGAAGGGACCAGUCUCCACCAAGCACUUUAACAUCCCUCCAGCCAGCAUAGAUUGAUCUCGUGUUACAGAGAGGGCAAGGUUUUUGGCCCCUGUUUGCAGACUCCAUGUCUUAAUCAGAGACCACAGUUUUCUCUUUGUUCCAAUCUGCGCCACCUCGGUAGCCCCACUUUCCUUGCUGUGUGGACUUGAAACAAAAUAAAAUGUGUUGCUUCA